AACAUACAUAUAAAUCAGGCUACAAAGCAGUGGUGAUUGAUGAUUGAUCAUAGGAUUAAAUUAAAUAUAGGAUUUCACGCGAGUCGAUUCAGCCUGUAUACAUUGGCUACGGUCGUGUCAGUUUAGCAUGGCUUGUCAAGAGAAUAAAAACAUCCAGGCGUUGUACUAUCAGAGCGUCGAAGAACUUUCUGAACCGAUCGAAACGAAGAUUACAGGCAAUAUCCCGACAUGGAUCAAAGGCACGCUACUUCGAAAUGGUCCUGGAAAAUUUGAGAUUGGAAGCAGCUCUUACCGUCAUAUUUUCGACGGCUUAGCUUUGUUACAACAGUUUGUGAUUGACAAUGGAAAUGUUACUUAUUUCAAUAGAUUUCUACGCAGUCAAACAUACAAGAAGAACAUGAAAGCCGGAAUGAUCGUCGAGUCGGAAUUCGGAACGCUCGGUGUUCCUGAUCCUUGCAAGAACAUCUUUGCGCGAUGGUUUUCCUAUUUCUUUCCUGGUGGAGAUUUCAGCGACAACGCCUCCGUUAAUUUUUACUGUAUCAAAGGAAAGGUUUAUGCAACAACAGAAAGCCCGGUCAUCACAGAAAUUGAUCCCAGUAAUCUUGAAUGUCUUGACAGAGUAAAUCUAUCUGAUGUUUUUCAGGGUGCGAUUAAAAAAUAUUUGCUCGCGACUGCUCAUCCGUAUGAAGAUGAUGACGGUUCUGUCUAUAACCUGGGACUUGGUUAUGACAAGGAGAAAGGCCUCGCGCACCUGAUUACAUUAUUACCAGCAAGUACUGAAGAUACGAGGAGCGAGCAAGCCCCGAGCGAAGGAAAAAUAGUCGCGAAAAUACCAGCAUCAUUCCAGUACUCGUACAGCCACAGUUUUGGUAUGACUCAGAAAUAUUUUAUCGUCAUUCAACAACCUAUGACUGUGAAUGUGUGGAAACUUGCAGUCUCACGUUUCGUCGGUUGGAACAUCAUCGAUGCCUUUUCGUGGAAUGAUCAGAUGGGAGUAGAAUUCGUGGUAAUAUCUCGUGAGAGUGGCGAAGUUGUUCUCACCAUAAAGUCGGAGCCGUUUUUCUUCCUUCAUACCGUAAAUGCGUAUGAUGAUGGUAACGAGAUUGUUUUUGAUGUUUGCUGUUACUCCGAUGCUGAUUUCUUUCAUGAAUUGUAUCUAGAAGAAAUUCGAGAAAUUGUCUCAUCCAAAAAGGCUUCUUCCAUGGCUCAAUUACGAAGAUAUCGCUUGCCCACUGAUUUAGAAGCAUCAGAAGCUACACUACAGAAAAAGCCAUCAGGAUUAGAUUACGAGGUCUUAUCUGACAUUUGUCUUGAAUUACCACGUAUUAACGAAAAGUACACCAGAUUAAGACAUCGCUAUGUAUACGGUGCAUGCACUGGAGACGACUACAUAGAGCAUUUAAUGAUACACAACCUUGUUAAAGUUGAUGUUGAAACCAAAGAAAGUCUGAUUUGGAGUGAAGACCAAUGUCUGGUAUCAGAACCCGUGUUUAUUCCAGCCCCAGAUGGUCAAGAAGAAGAUGAUGGUGUGGUGAUGUCUUCUGUUUAUGAUCCUGUCAAAGAUAACUCAUUCUUGUUAGUUCUUGAUGCCCGUUCGUUUACGGAGCUCGCCAGAGCAGUGGUACCGUUACGAUUUGCACCUUCCUUUCACGGACGAUUUUUUUAAAAAACGGUUCACUUAAUUUUACGUUAAAAGUAUCAUUAAUCACCCCAUUAAAUUUGAAAAGUUUGCCUCCUAUACAUAAAGAAUGUUAGUUAAGAAAGGAUGGUUUUUGUUCUGUUGUUUUUCUAUUCAACAUAAAAUAAUUCAGUUCAAUUCAAAUAUAUUUGCCGCAUGAAUAUAAUGUUACAGUACAUGCACAUGAGCAAUAAUAUAAAUUUAUAGAAUGAAUAAUUAAACAAUAAAACAAUGAAUAACACAAUAAAUAAAUUAGUUGACAAUACGUCUAUGUACUUAACACACACUACAUUACAAGUUAUAAAAAAGUGGCGAGGAGGCAUCCAGAAACCGAAAGGCUUGUACGAGAGAUGCCUCCCUCCAAUAGAUUACAAAGUGGUCAGCACUAAAAUAAUUUUUUGUAUUUGUAACUUAAGUAAUUUUAACGGAGAUUAUGGACUCAUUAAGACGCGGAUGAUAUCAAUAUUUUUUGUAGAAUUAAGACUGCAGUAGAUGUUUUAACAUUCUGCUCCUGAAGCAAUUGUAAAACUUUAUAUUUUUGAUAUCUUCAGGAAGAGAAUUCCAACUGAUUUUUGGACCUUGAUACAGGACAGUAAACUGCCUGACAUUAGUUUUACACGCAUGGGAACGAUAUGAAUUUGCAUUUCUCAUGCAUAUGAAGUGUUGUAAUUACGUAUUUGGUGAGAAGAUACAAGGAAGCAGAUGAUUGUGAAACAAAAACAUGAAUUUUGCGGUAUGGAAAGAAUUUAAAUUAUAAAUAUCGAGAAAUUUUAGUUCACUGAAUAAAGGCGCU